UAUCCUUAAUCCAUUAAAACCCCCUCCUUCACCAACUGCUCUCUCCCCUUUUACUUUCUCUCUCUAAAAUCUCCCAUUCCAUUCCUUUCCAUUCCACUGAUAGAGAGAGAGAGAAUCAGAAUUUAGAAUUCAGAAUUCGGAAUCCUCCCUCUUCCUCUCCAUGAAAAUUUAGGGAAAACGGAAUUGGAUUAAGCGUUAUCCGGAGCUGCGGAGAGAAAAAGAAAUGGCUCAUGCGGUGUUCCAGACGGCGCAAAUCAUGCCCAUUAACACCCAGCUUCCCACCACCAAGCUAUGGCUGCCGCCGCCGCCGCCGCUUGUAAAGCUCGGUCCCUCUCAGACCCCACGGAGCAAACCAGUUCUGGUGGUGAAGGCUUUCACCACUUCUUCUCCAUCCUCGUCUUCUUCGGCCGUUUCAGAUGGGGAUUCCAUUGCUCUGUUGGAGCGUUGCUUUGUAGCACCGUCGGCACCUGCCGCCACAUCUUCCUCCUCUCUCGGUCCUGUUAUGAAAGGCCAAUAUGGUUCCCUUGGGUCUGUUACCUUGGAGAAAUCGAAGCUUGAUUUAUCUCAGAAGCAAUCAAAGUCCAGUCCCGAGACUGCAAUUGGGGGAGGUGGUGGAGAUAUCGGGAAGAAAAUUAAUCAUGGUGGUGGUGACGGUGGAGAUGAUGAUGGUGAUGAUGACGAUUACUAUGAUGAAUUUGAUGAUGGGGAUGAGGGAGAUGAGGGUGGCCUGUUUCGGAGAAGGAAAUUUCUAGAAGAGCUUUUUGAUCGUAAAUUUGUAGAUGCAGUUUUAAAUGAGUGGCAGAAGACAAUGAUGGAUCUGCCUGCUGGAUUUCGACAAGCUUAUGAAAUGGGUUUAGUUAGCUCGGCUCAAAUGGUAAAAUUCUUAGCAAUAAAUGCCAGGCCAACCACAACUCGCUUUAUUUCACGAAGUCUUCCUCAAGGAAUCUCACGGGCUUUUAUUGGCAGGAUGUUAGCCGAUCCUGCCUUUCUAUAUAGGCUUCUUUUAGAGCAGGCAGCUACAAUUGGUUGCUCAGCUUGGUGGGAAAUAAAGAACCGCAAGGAUAGGAUAAAACAGGAAUGGGAUCUGGCGCUCAUUAAUGUUCUCACAGUAACUGCAUGCAAUGCUAUAGUUGUCUGGUCACUUGCUCCUUGUCGUUCGUAUGGAAAUACAUUCCGAUUUGAUUUGCAAAAUACAUUACAGAAGCUUCCAAAUAAUAUAUUUGAAAAAAGUUAUCCUCUAAGGGAAUUUGACCUGCAAAAGAGAAUCCAUUCAUUCUUCUACAAAGCUGCAGAGUUGUGCAUGGUCGGUAUAACCGCGGGAGCAGCUCAAGGUGCUUUGUCCAAUUUUCUGUCCCGUAAAAAGGAGGAAAGAUUAUCUGUAUCAGUUCCGACUGUGAGCACCAAUGCUCUCGGUUAUGGCGCGUUUCUUGGGCUCUACGCAAAUCUCCGGUAUCAGUUACUAUGUGGUUUUGACAGAGCAAUGAUCAGUCAUUUUGAUGUUAUUGGAGUGGCUCUAUUUUUCAGCUCUGCAUUAAGGGUUCUGAAUGUGCAACUGGGAGAAAGAUCAAGACUGGCUUGGCUUGGGGUGGAGGCAGACCCACUGGUUCAGUCAAGUGACCUCUUGAAGCAGGUGUACAACCGACCUUCCGAGGGCGUUAAUGAGCCUUCCUCAAAAUGGUUUAUCUCAAAAAACGCCAUCAUCUCUGGUCUUGGACUUCUCGGUGUCAAACAGACCGGUGCAGACUCCGUCUCUGAAGGUGAAUCAAUACCCAAAGCACGGAGGAAAAGAAUUGUUCGGAAAAAGGUAACGGCAGGUUCGUCGUGAUCUUUCAUCCAAUCAAUGCAUUCUUCAUUACCCAGUUUUGCAGUAUGACGAUAGAUUUGGUGCGAAGUCGCAUAAAUCUUUGAUAAAGUUAGUUGCUAGGUGGAUGGUAUUUGCUUUGAUGUAACCUGUGAUCCAACUGGAAGGAUUGAUUUGAAACUGAAGUGAUGCAAUUGUUGUAAAAUUUCGUUGGUAGGGAUUUUUCUUUAUUCUUUUGGUU